AUGGAAUGCAUAGAAUCUGUCUCCUAUGAACUACUGGUCAAUGGCACCCCUCAAGACCCUUUCAAACCUUCAAGAGGAAUAAGGCAAGGUGACCCCAUCUCACCUUACCUAUUCAUUAUGUGUGCUGAAGCACUCAGUAACCUAAUCUGUCAAGCUGAAGCAAAAGGUCAAGUCCAUGGGAUCCCAAUUGCCAAAGGUCAGCUCAAAAUUUCCCACUUGUUUUUUGCUGAUGAUAGCUUGCUCUUUUGCAAGGCCAAUACAUUUGAAUGGAUCAGGUUACAUGGCUUACUGAAAAUAUAUGAACAAGCCUCAGGAAAAAGGCUCAACCUCAAGAAGACUUCCAUCUUAUUCAGUAAGAAUAUAACCAGAGCUACUCAAAACUUUAUCCUCUUCAUUGCUGGAGUAAGGUCUGCCAUGACCUAUGAAAAGUACCUAGGCUUACCUUAUGUGGUGGGAAAGAACAAAAAUAAAACCUUCAAAGGUAUCCUAGAUAGUAUUAGACUGAGGUUGAGCAACCACAAAGUCAAGCUUCUAUCUCUGGCAGGAAAGGAGAUAUAUAUCAAGGUUGUGAUUCAAGCACUCCCCACCUAUGCCAUGAGUGUGUUCAAACUCCCAUGUUCCUUACUCAAUGAAAUUAGCAGAGCAACACACAACUUCUGGUGGGGGCAGUAA